AUGGCGGAAAGAGGGGACGCAGUUUACCAGGCCAAACUCGCCGAGCAAGCGGAGCGAUACGAUGAAAUGGUGGAGUCAAUGAAGCAAGUGGCGAGCUUGGACUUGGAGCUGACGGUGGAGGAGCGAAACCUCCUUUCGGUGGCCUACAAGAACGUGAUCGGUGCGCGGAGAGCCUCGUGGAGGAUAAUCAGCAGCCUGGAGCAGAAGGAAGAGAGCAAAGCGAGUGAGGAGAAGCUGGUUAUGUACAGGGACUAUCGGAAGCUGGUAGAAAAAGAGCUGAAAUCAAUCUGCAAAGAUAUUCUAGAAGUACUGGACCAGCAUCUGAUCCCAGCCUCCAUUUCGGGAGAGUCCAAGGUUUUCUACUACAAAAUGAAGGGAGACUACCACAGGUACCUGGCGGAGUUCGCCACCAGCAACGACAGGAAGGAGGCGGCUGAAAACAGCUUAGUAGCUUACAAAGCGGCCAGCGACGUCGCUUCAACCGAACUGCCGCCCACGCACCCCAUUCGCCUGGGACUGGCCCUCAACUUCUCAGUUUUCUACUACGAAAUCCUCAACUCGCCGGACCGCGCUUGCAGGUUGGCGAAGGAAGCCUUUGACUGUGCCAUCGCCGAACUGGACACGCUGAGCGAGGAGAGCUACAAGGACUCGACGCUCAUCAUGCAGCUGCUACGUGACAACUUGACACUUUGGACCUCAGACUUACAGGGAGACGGUGAGGAACAGAACACAGAAGCACCGCCAGAAGCGGAGGAAGAGGUCCAGUGA